UGUGUAUUUAUGUUGACAUAUUUUUCAUUUCAUUUACAACAGGACUUCGUUCAAGGACUUUCGAUACUGUCACGCGGCUCCGUCGAGGAGAAGCUGCGCUGGACAUUCUCGCUGUACGACAUCAAUGGCGACGGCUUCAUUACGAGGGAGGAAAUGACUGACAUUGUGACUGCCAUAUACGAGCUAAUGGGCCGACUGCCGGACGAGUGUCCCGAGGAGGAGAAGAUUAAGGGCAAGGUGGAGCAAAUCUUUCAGAAAAUGGACAUUAAUCGAGAUGGCGUUGUGACGUUGGAGGAGUUUUUGGAGGCGUGCCGCAAUGAUGAUGCCAUAUCCAGAUCGAUGUCUUAUACGGUGCGGCGACUGCGACGUAGCCGGAGUCAACAGCAAAAACAAAAGCAGCACAACAAACCGCAAAUGGAAACUGAGAAACGUAAGUCAAACUACAAGAUGAAACAACAACAACAACAACAACAAAUGCAACAAAUACAUAGCACAAGACACCAGGCGGCAGCCAAGUGCUGUCAUGUCAUUGACAUCGAUGGCGCCAGCACAACAACAACAACAACAACAACAGCAACAACAAGAACAACAACCAACUGCACUAGCAACCACAACCACAACAACUACAAAACUAAUCACAAGCCUCGAACACUGAAAAAGCACGUCAUCGAUGACUACGAGGAGGAGGAGCAGGAGGAGGAGCAGGAGGAGGAUGAGUAUGAAGAUGACAACGACAGCGACGACGAUGAUGACGACGACGACGACGAUGUUGAUGACGAGGAGGAAGACGAUUACGAUGAGGAUGAUUAUGAAGCUGGCAAACAGCCGCUGAUGGGCAUCUCUCGACGCAAUCAAGCCAUUUGCCGGCACUGCCAACGACCCCAAACGGAGCUGCAUUCGCGGCAAUUGCCAACGCUGCGCCUGCGCCAAUCCCAUUCAAAGUCGCGACAGCGCAAGCGCAGCAAGAGUCGGCAGCGUCAUCAUCAGCAUCCACAUCCACAUCAGCAUCUCCACCAGCAUCCCCAUCAGCAUCCACAUCAGCAUCCCCAUCCACAUGGUCCAGUGGAUGCGCGUGGAUCUAGGCCGCGCUGGCCGGAGCUGAGCAUGGCCAAUGAGCUGGCCAUACGCUUUCGCUGUCCGCAGGUGGGGCCGCAGGUGGGUCGCGAUCUGCACACGCCACAGCCCAUGCACUUCCAUCAUCCCCAGCAGCUGGGCCAGGGCCAGCAGCAGGCACCGCCCAAGCCGGCCAAGAGUAAAAGCAAGCACAAGCAGCGUAAGCAAACAGCGCAGCAGCCGGCUGCAGCGCCCAAAGCAGCUGUGGCAGCAACAACGCCAGCACCGCCUGCACCGAUUGCACCACCUGCCCCGCCGUUGCCGCCGUUGCCGCCGCCCAAUGGCCUGGUGGUGCAGCCAGUGGAUAGCAACGGGCUGGCCGGGCACGGCAACACGGAGCUGCCCCAAACACCAGACUCGCCCUCGCUGGUAAAGGUCAGCACCUGGUAUACGGUGGCCAAGCAGGGCGUCUCCUGCUAAUAGGCAUUUACAUAUUUGCAGUUGUUAACUUCAAGCCAAACGCUCGCUGGGCAGUGAGUACCUUUGAUAUCCGAGACUUGGGCUAUCCAGAUACAUAUAUGCAUGCAACUUUGCAUUCAAAUAGCAACAAAAACUUCCCUCUUUAUAUGGAAAUUAUCAAGUGGGAAGAGAGAGUGUUUUUUUUUUUUUUUAAUUUUUUUUCUAGGUUGAUAAUGCAACUGAAAGUGUUUAAAUUGAUAAGAUUUACAUGCAAUGUACUUACUUAUACAUUUGAUGUGGUUAUAUAUACAUAUAUAUCUAUAUAUAUUUAGACAUAUUGUAUGAUGUUUUUUUUUUUCCCCUCUACUUAGAUUUAAAAACAUAGUAGAACAGAUUAGCAUCUGGCAUGAAAACAUAAAUCAUGAGAGAAAAUCCCCAAAGCUAUGUGUAUGUUAAAUUGAUGUUAAAACAAAUUGUAAAUUGUGUUAUAGUGAUAAAAGAA